AUGGGUAUCACCAACCGUCGAAAGGAUAAAGGGGCCAAGCAGGGCGGAGCUGUCGCAGCCGGCGGCGGCCAUGCCGGCGCAGGAGGAGCGAAGCCAAAGAAGGCCACCUUCGAGACCACCAAGAAGAAGGAGAUCGGCGUUUCAGACCUCACCCUGCUCAGCAAGGUCUCCAACGAGGCCAUUAAUGAUAACUUGAAGAAGAGAUUCGAGGGCGCCGAGAUCUACACCUACAUCGGCCAUGUGCUGGUUUCCGUCAACCCCUUUCGCGACCUCGGAAUCUAUACCGACCAAGUCCUCGAGAGCUACAAGGGCAAGAACCGGCUCGAGGUGCCCCCGCACGUCUUUGCGAUCGCCGAGUCUGCAUACUACAACCUGAAGGCCUACCAUGACAACCAGUGCGUCAUCAUCUCGGGCGAGUCUGGUGCGGGCAAGACCGAGGCUGCGAAGCGCAUCAUGCAGUACAUCGCAAACGUGUCCGGAGGCGAGUCGGGCGACGUCAAGCAAAUCAAGGACAUGGUGCUGGCAACCAACCCUCUGCUGGAGUCCUUCGGCAACGCAAAAACGCUGCGGAAUAACAACUCCUCGCGUUUCGGCAAGUACCUGCAGAUGCACUUCAACGCCCAAGGCGAGCCCAUCGGCGCCGACAUCACCAACUAUCUGCUCGAGAAAUCCCGAGUUGUCGGCCAGAUCCAAAACGAGCGAAACUUCCACAUUUUCUACCAGUUCACGAAGGGCGCAUCACAACAUCAGAGAGAGAUCUUCGGAGUACAAAAGCCUGAAACGUAUCUCUAUACAAGUAGAUCCAAAUGUCUGGAAGUUGAUGGAAUCGACGAUCUCGCCGAGUUCCAAGACACGCUGAACGCAAUGAGUUUGAUUGGCCUGUCCCAAGGGGAGCAAGACAAUAUCUUCAGGAUGCUUUCUGCGAUCUUGUGGACUGGCAACCUGGUCUUCAAGGAAGACGACGAUGGGUAUGCCGCUGUGUCUGAUUCGUCCGUUGUCGACUUCUUGGCCUACCUGCUCGAGGUCGACCCCCAGGCGCUCAUCAAGGCCAUCACCAUUCGCGUCUUGACACCGAGGAACGGUGAGGUCAUCGAGUCUCCCGCCAACAUUGCGCAAGCAACAGCCACGCGCGAUGCCCUAGCCAAAGCGGUAUAUUACAAUCUGUUUGACUGGAUUGUGGAAAGGGUCAACCAGUCAUUGAAGGCCAGGCAACCAACAACAAACUCGAUCGGCAUUCUCGAUAUCUACGGUUUUGAGAUUUUCGAGAAGAACAGCUUUGAACAGCUCUGUAUCAACUACGUCAACGAGAAAUUGCAGCAGAUCUUCAUCCAGCUGACGCUCAAGGCAGAGCAGGAGGAAUACGCCCGGGAACAAAUCAAGUGGACGCCUAUCUCCUACUUCGACAACAAAGUCGUGUGUGACUUGAUCGAGCAGACCCGCCCGGUGGGCAUCUUCUCCGCCAUGAAAGACGCCACCAAGACCGCGCACGCAGACCCGGCUGCUUGCGAUCGGACCUUUAUGCAAAGCAUCAAUGGCAUGUCCAAUGCCCAUCUGACGCCGCGUCAAGGCAGCUUCAUCAUUAGGCAUUAUGCUGGUGACGUGAGCUACACAGUCGAUGGCAUUACGGACAAGUGCAAGGACCAGCUGCUCAAGGGAGUCCAGAACCUCUUCCAGAUCAGUCAAAACAAGUUCAUCCACACGCUGUUCCCUCACCAAGUCGACACUGACAACAGAAAACAACCACCAUCUGCCGGUGACAGGAUCCGGACUUCGGCUAAUGCUCUUGUCGAAACGCUCAUGAAGUGCCAGCCAUCUUAUAUUCGAACCAUCAAGCCAAACGAGAACAAAUCUCCAACAGAGUACAACGUCCCAAAUGUGCUCCAUCAAAUCAAAUACCUUGGUCUUCAAGAGAACGUGCGAAUCCGUCGGGCUGGCUUCGCGUACCGUCAAUCUUUUGAGAAGUUCGUCGAUCGAUUUUUCCUGCUAUCUCCUGCAACAUCGUACGCAGGAGAGUACACUUGGACCGGCUCAUACGACGCGGCUGUCAAGCAAAUUCUGAAGGACACGAGUAUCCCGCAGGAAGAGUGGCAACUUGGUGUAACGAAGGCUUUCGUCAAGUCUCCAGAGACGCUAUUUGCCCUGGAGCACAUGCGAGAUCGGUACUGGCACAACAUGGCAACUCGCAUCCAGCGAAUGUGGCGAGCGUACCUCGCAUACAGGGCUGAGUCGGCCACACGUAUCCAGCGGUUCUGGCGCAAGAAGCGCACAGGCGCUGAAUACUUGCAGCUGAGGGAUGACGGCCAUCGUGUCCUUCAGGGGCGCAAGGAAAGGCGGCGCAUGAGUCUGCUGGGUUCGCGACGAUUCCUCGGCGACUAUCUAGGCAUCAAUGCGUCCAGUGGGCCUGGCAGUCAAGUGCGCAAUGCUAUUGGACUGGGAAGCAAUGAGAAGGCAGUCUUCUCGUGCCGUGGUGAAAUCUUGGAAGCCAAGUUCGGCCGCUCCAGCAAGCCAAGCCCUAGGAUCCUCAUCGUUACGAACAGCAAGUUCUACACUGUCUCUCAGGCGCUGGCGAACAACCAGGUUCAGAUUAUUGUCGAGCGGGCGGUGCCUUUGGGAGCCGUCAAAUUCGUCGGCGCAUCGACUUCCCGCGAUGACUGGUUCUCGCUUGGAGUUGGCUCACAACAGGAAGCAGACCCGCUUAUGAACUGUGUCUUCAAGACGGAAAUGUUCACCCAAAUGCAACGGGUCAUGCCGGCAGGGUUCAACCUGAAGAUAGGGGAGACGAUCGAGUACGCCAAGAAGCCCGGCAAGAUGCAGCAGGUCAAGGUUCUCAAGGAUUCUCCAUCACCGGUGGACUUCUACAAGAGUGGUGCGGUGCACACACAGCCCGGCGAGCCACCAAACUCAGGAUCGAGACCCAUGCCAAAAGCCAAACCUGUGCCACCAAGGCCCAUCACAAAGGGAAAACUUAUCAAACCUGGUGGACCCAACGGCCGGCCGUCGAGAGCCACGGGCAACCGAAAGCCUCAACCCCGACCUGGAGCUGGAGCUGCGGCGGCUCCGCGUGCCGUGCCCAACCCUACACCUAGACCUGUUCCGAAACCCAUACCCGCACCUGUCACCAUCCCCUCGCACACCCGAAAUCAGUCGGCUGCUUCUGCGACUCGAGUGCCGCCUCCUCCUCCGCCUGCUGCACCUCCGGCCAGGGCGAGGAUCAUGGCCAAGGUUCUUUACGAUUUCGCUGGCCAAAGGGAGAACGAGUUGACAAUCAGGGCGGGCGACAUGAUCGAAGUUGUACAGAAAGAGACUAAUGGAUGGUGGCUAGCUAAGAAAGGCGACGGCCAGGCAUGGGUCCCUGCAGCCUACGUAGAAGAGCAAGCACCAGCACCAGCACCAGCACCGAGGGCGCCGCCCCCGCCCCCCGUCGCAAACGGCAGGGCCAAGCCCGCGGCGCCCCAGCCUCCGGCCAAGCGACCCGCAGCGGGGCGAAAGCCCGCGCCCGCGCCUCAGCCGCGCGACUCCGGUAUGAGCCUUAACGGUUCAGACAGCAGCCGGAGCAAUACGCCCACGCCGAGCCUGGCGGGCAGUCUGGCGGACGCGCUGCUGGCCAGGAAGAACGCGAUGGCGAAGAAAGAGGACGAUGAUGACUGGUGA